AUGCUUAUGAAAAAUAUCUUCGCAGCUCUUGCUCUCACUGGUCUAGUCGCUGCUAUUCCUGUUGAUGACUUCGAAGAGAGAGACCUUGAAGAGAGAGACCAAUGCAAGUAUGGAAACAACUGGUGCUGUGAGAGUGCAGUCCCUUUGAAUCUGCUUUUCAUUCAGGGAAGCGGAAAGAAAUGCGAGCUCAAGUCCGGCAACAGAUGUCCCAACAAUCGCCCUGCCAGUCUUUGCUGCCCCCAGAACCAGAUUGUGGGCAAGGAAGGUGUGGUCUGCGUCAAAUACUAA